UGAGACUGACACAUUUCGGCACCAUCGAGAAAAGCGGCAGCGUAUCGUCCCCAGUCAAUAAACAACUCUUCGUAGCUGGAAUUUAUGAAGUUUUGCUGUUAGCUACUGUUAGCAACUGCUAAGCAAAGAUGGCGACCACACAACCAACCGAGUAAACUGCCAUGACGCAGUACGAAGAGGCGGGUUCAGCGCAGUGUGGCGCCCGAUAGGAUUUAGCCUGAGCUGCAAGAUACAAACCAACUACCAAUAAAUCAAUACAAGUAGCGUUUGGUGGUUUAAUCUAGAUGAAACAACUAUGUUUACAAUUAUCUGUGGCUGUGCGCACAUCAGCUUCAGUCGAUUUGCAAUGAACAGAAUACGGAUCCAUGUUCUGCCGUCAAGUCGGGGCAGAGUGACCCAAACAGCUCGUCCCCAGGAGCCUCAGGCCUGCGCCUUCACCCAGCGACCAUGCUCUCAGCCUCGCUUGGAUGGCCUGGAGUUCUGCAUCAAACACAUCCUGGAGGACAAGAAUGCCCCCUACAAGCAGUGCAGCUAUGUAUCCACAAAGAACGGCAAGCGCUGCCCCAAUGCGGCACCAAAAGUGGAGAAAAAAGAUGGAGUGACGUUCUGUGCAGAGCAUGCUCGAAGAAAUGCCAUGGCACUAAGAGCUCAGAUGAGAAAGGCAGCCUCUGGUCCAUCACCAGAGGGACUUCUGUCUCAGCUAAGCGGAUACAGUCGUGCAGAAACGCAUGGCCUUGAGGGAGGCCGCUCUGAAGCUAGCCGCAUUCUAGAUGAGGACAGUUGGAGUGAGGAGGAACAGGGUCCCCUGGUGUUAGACCAGACAUGGAGAGGAGACCCUGACAGUGAAGCUGACAGCAUCGACAGUGAUCAUGAGGACCCCCUAAAACAUGCAGGAGUGUAUACAGCAGAAGAGGUGGCGCUGAUCACUCGAGAGAAACUGAUUAGGCUCCAGUCUCUGUACAUUGACCAGUUCAAGCGCCUGCAGCACCUUCUCAAGGAGAAGAAGCGUCGAUACCUGCAUAACCGCAAGGUGGAGCACGAGACUCUAGGGAGCAGUCUGCUGACAGGGCCUGAGGGACUGUCCUUGAAGGAGAGGGAGAACCUGAAGAAGCUGAAGGCUCUGCGCCGUUACCGUCGUCGGUACGGUGUGGAAGCCCUGCUGCACAAGCAGCUCAGGGAGAGGAGGCAGGCCGUCACAGAAGGAGCUCCUCAGCCAUACACAAGAACAAUAUAUGAGAAAUGCAUCUCCUUUGUGGAGGGCAUCCGGUGCACAAAUCCCUGCCUGCCAAUGACGCGACACUGCAUCACACACAUCUACCAAGACAGUAAUCAGGUUCUUUUCAAGAUGUGUCCGGGCCUGAAAGACGUCCCAUGUGACCGCACCGUGCAUAUGGGCCAGUCUGAAGAGCCUCGCUGCCCUCUGCACCUUACUCUGCCUCCUCCCAUGUACCAGCCUGAGCAGGAACCCCCGGCCCAGGAGCAGCUCACUCCUGCAGCCAAAGAAAUGUACCUGAGCGCAGCUGAGCUUCAGCCCACAGAGAACCUGCCACUGGAGUUUAGUGAUGAUUUGGAUGUGGAGGGGGACGGUAUGCAGGGUCCCCCAUCCCCUCUACAGUUUGACACGGCCCUGGCCCUGGAGGACCAGACCAUCAGAGCCAUCGCUGAAGCUCCCAUGGACAUUCUGACCGGAGAGGACCCCGACCAGGUUGACCUGGACGCCUCGGCACAGGAGCUGUCAGAAAGAGAUGUGGACGCCAUCAUGGAUGACCAGGUCGUGUCAGAGGUGGUAGGAGGGGAGGAGGACGCCACUGAGAAUUCACUUCAAGACGUCGACACAGCUGCAGUUCAAGCUCCUAGAUGAGGCUUAAACUUGCGCUCCCUUUUUCUAAAGAACAAGAGGUUUAAUUUCCACAUGGACCGAUGUUGGCCCUACAGUCAAGCUUGAUCUACAGUGUAGAUCACCUUCAGAGGGAUGUCCAUUUCCAAUCCAAGCCUUUCAGACCACUGCCAGUAGACUGUUAGAGCAUCCAUGCAUUGGUUGUUGUUCUGUUUAUCGUCUGGAAUAUAUUUAUGUCUUGCCUUACAAUUUAUGGUUUCUCAGUCUUACAUCGUUUUGUCCACAGAUAUGCUCAGUAAAUUGUCUGUCAAUAAACAAUGGUGCACUCCUCAUCUCUUUUGUGUGAAUGUUCACAAGCCAUCCAUGAAUAAACUUAUUUUUUGAAACAUU